AUGGCCAAGACAUAUGUGGUAUUAAGUUUUCAUGAAACAUUGUUACACCAAUCCGAUGUUGAUCUACUCAGUGGGCCAUACUGGCUAAAUGAUACAAUAAUAUCAUUUUACUUUGAAUACUUAGAGAAAGUUGUAUUCAGUGAUGUAAAAGACAUACUAUUUGUAUCACCUGAAGUCACACAGUGCAUUAAAAUGGUGGCAAGUGAGGAAAUAAAGAUCUUCCUAGAACCCCUGAAUAUAGAAGCGAAAAAGUAUGUGUUUUUUGCGUUAAAUGAUAACAGCUCACCGGAUACUGCUGGUGGGUUACACUGGAGUUUGUUAGUUUAUUCCAAGAUGGAAAAUAGCUUUUUUCACUUUGAUUCAUCAUCUGGUGCCAAUCAUAAUGUUGCCUGGGAUUUUGCUGGACAUUUAAUGACAUAUUUAACAAGAGGAGGUUUAAUAAAUUUUAUGGAUAAGGAAUGCAUACAGCAGGGCAAUGGUUAUGAUUGCGGUGUUCAUGUUAUAUGCAAUACAGAGCGUCUUGCAGAACAUACCAGAGCUCACAGAGAACUUUCCUCUUGUGAUAUGAUGGUCAAGAUAAAUACAAAUGCUAAGAGAAAGGAAAUUAUUUCAAUUAUUCAAAAUCUAGCUAGUUCUAGAUGA